AUGAAAAUACAGUCACCGUCAGAAUUGGCGAAUCCAGCGGAUUCGCCAUUGGAAUCCGCAAAUUCACCAUCGGAAUCCACUCAGAGAAAGAUUGAAGGUAAAACCUCGGUGAUGGUUUUGAGGAUAUCUGAUUUCGAGAAAGCUUGGAAUGUCGAAGAGUCAAAUGCCUCUGUGGAGGAGUGGAAGGAGUUGAAGGAGUUUGUAGAUGAGGAGAGUUCUAUCACCAAUCCAUGUCUUUGCUUGACUGUUGAGGAAGCUAUUUAUAGGUGUAAGAGGUGUGUUUGCUACUCUAGUAGCCGUGAUGAAACUUCAGGAGGUUAUGUAGCAACAUAUGUGAUGAGUACGGGACAGAGGUUUCUCGUCCAAAAGGAGUGGAUAAACACUUAUUUGGAGAAAGAGAAUAUGUUGCUUCCCCUAAUGGACCCCCCUCGGGCAAGAGACAAAGCAAAAAUUGACAAAGACUUUCACAGAGAUCCUUGUCAGUAA